CCCAAGUGCUCAUCACGUCACUUUGUCUCUGAGCAAAUGCUAGCCAUUAUUCUCGUUGAUAAUUAACGAGUAUGGGGUCUGAAACAUAAGCGGAGGAUCUCUAUUCGGGAAGCCAAUCUACUAUCCGAAACGUGGUACAGGAUAUGGGAAUCGAAAGCUUCAGUUUAUGUCUGAGGCGACAUGUUGCUCUGUCUACAAAUGAUGGCAGGUGCGACCACGAGGUGGUUGGUUGUGAUGGCGACGGUAGGCGACGAUGUCACCAACAAAUUUUGCAAAACGCGUUUGAUAAAGAUAUAAAGUCAGCCUUAGCAUCUCUCUCCUUUGAUGUGUCAAAUACCUCACGUAUUUCGUCAAGAAAUCACAGCUAUUGAAGGACUCAGAUGAACACCUGGCUACUGCAAUGCCUGAGACUCCAUGGCACGUCAUCUGCUGGGAGGGUAAUGCAGCGCCAGAAGUCCAGGUAUCGAGGCUACCAGCGACUCAACACCCGUACUCAUUCAAGGUCCUCGUGCCACACGAUAAAAUCAUCCAGCAUACAAAGACCAAGGUGAAGCACGGCAGGGUAGAGUCGAAGCUCAAGAACAAGCGCUCGCAUGUGCAGUGUACUAUAUGCAAAUGGUAUGAAGAAUUUCCGGGAAGCACGAGCAUAGGGCGCUGGGGACCCUACGAAAAGACACGAGCGGAAUGGGACGGGCUCCCCGCGACGAACGGAUACUUUACCUUCUAUAGCACCUCCAUGGCUCACCCUAUCUCGCCCGCCGUGGAGCACUACCAUGACUUGGCAUUUUUUGCCGGAAGGCACACGACCAACGAUGCCCAGGCACGGUUCCAGACGGCUAUCUUCCAAGUUUAUUGAACAAGAACAUUAAAAUACCGAAUCAGUUGAGGCGUAGCUCUUGUGACUGGAAUAGGAUGGGCUUGCUAGACGAUGGGUUCCAAAGGUUGUCGAGGCGAAACAUAGGUGUGACAGACUGGCGGAUCGCAGGUACACACGGUGGAAGCUAUUGGAAUGUGCUCAUUUAGCACAGGUCCAACAACGACAAUAAAAUACUCGCAUUUAUGGAGUUGGUUACCCGAGGCCCUAAUUUACGUUGCCGAGAGUCCGUUCCUUUUCGUUUGGGGUGAGGUAGAUUGUUAUUCCUGAUCCGAUCUAUCGGGCAGACAUUGACGUCAAACUCCAACCUCGGUGUGCUCAAGUCGCUCGCUUGUACUAUGAUAUGUGCGCUCAUUUGCGGUACCGUAUUCGUUCAGUGCUAGACGCG